AAAAGUCAGUGGACGAUAAAUGUUGCAUUAGUGUGUUAUUUCUUGUCCAGUCUUUUAGCAAAUUGACCUCUAAAUGAGCCAGUCGUGAGGUGGAGAUGUUUAUUGACGACCUGGGAAGGGAUUUCUACGGUCGCCUGGUGGGGAAGCGCGUCCUGGUCAUCGUGAACUACGACAUUGAUGCCCUUUGUGCCAGUCGCAUCCUGCAAGCUCUCUUCCAGAAUGACCACAUUCUGUACUCGAUUGUGCCCAUUAUGGGCAUCUCGGGACUCCAGCGCACGUACACUGAACACAGGGAGGACGCCAAAAACAUCCUCCUGGUCAAUUGCGGUGGUUGCAUUGACAUUCUGGAGACGCUGCAACCGGAAGAGGAUGCGACUUUCUUCAUCUGUGACUCUCACCGUCCCUACGACGUGUGCAACAUCUACAACGAUGGCCAGAUCAAAAUUCUGGGGAAACCGAGUGAAGACGAAGGCAUUCCGGAGUUUGAGACCAUCUUCAGGGACUCUGACUCUGAGGAGAGUGACAGCGAGAAUGAGGAUGAGGAGGAGGGCGAACAGAUGACUAGGAUGCAGAAGUUCGAGGCGAAGAUGGAGAAACAGCGUCAGAGGAGAGUUUGGGAGACUGACAGGAAUCGCAUCAUGUUCGAGUACAGUCAAUUCAGCUACUAUGGCCGCAGUUCGGCUCUGCAGCUCUUCGAGUUGGCGUGGAGGCUGUCCAAGGAUUCCCUGGACAUCCUCUGGUGGGCCAUCGUAGGCGUCACUGAGCAGCUCGUGAUGGGGAAGAUCGAGAGUGCCGCGUACACGCUGGAAUGUAAUCAGAUUCAGUCUCACGUCUCGCGAUUGACCAACAAAGCUUCUGACAACACCAUCCAGACUGCCGUGAGGAUAACCUUCGAGAACGACCUGCAUCUGGCCAUGUACAGGCAUUGGAGCGUGCAGGAUUCUCUGCGUCACUCCAUUUACUCCGCCUGCAAGAUGCGACUGUGGACGCUACACGGCGAGAAGCGCCUACAGGAGUUGCUGGUGGAAAUGGGCUUGCCACUGGUGCAGGCCCGCCAGACCUUCUCCUCGAUGGAUCUGGUGCUGCGCCAGGAGUUCUACGGGAUGAUCGAGAAGCUGGCGGAAAAGUACGAUCUCACCGAUCUCAUCUACGGUUCCUUCACACUCCACUACGGCUACCGUCAUCGAUACAGCGCCGCCGAUUAUGUGUACUCCCUGCUGGCCAAUCUGGAGUCUGUGGGCGCUGAUCGGCUGCCGGAGCAGUGCUUCCUCGAGGCCAUGGACAGUCUAGAGCGCGUAAACCGCGGCAAACUGCACGGGGGCAUUGAACGGGCGAAGCAGCUUCUCGUGGGCAUCCUGAGACAUGUGCAAGGCCACCUGGAGAUGCGGCAGGUGCGCUCGGCCGGUCCCUUCCUCUAUUACACCCUCACCGAGGAGAGCAACCUCUUCUGCUGUCCUUACAGCCUCACACUCCUCACCCAGUUCAUCCUGCGCGCCCACGUGUCGGCCUCCCGCAGCCGGCGCGCCCCCGACAUGCCGCUCGUGGCCAGCUGUCCCGUAGACGUGGAACGAGGUAUCUGCCUCAUGAUCGGCAUCCCGCCGACGCGAGAGGAUUCACCCAAGAACCUCUUCGGUCGCGCCUUCGAGCAGGCCGCCCUCAAAUCCUCCGCCACCAUCUCGCCCGACUUCUUCGACACAGCCUGCAUCCAGAUCAAGCGAGACGAUCAGCAGCGCUUCCUGGACGCCCUCACGGUACUGCUAAGUUAAUUGCA